AUGGCCGCCAGUGCCGCUGGCCUGGUCAGCGCUUACCCUAAGCGUGACAUCAAGAAGCGCGACGCCGGCUUCACCUGGUUCGGUGUUAGCGAAUCCGGAGCUGAGUUCGGCGAGUCCAACAUCCCCGGUACCCUGGGCACCGACUACACCUGGCCCGAGACCUCCAAGAUCCAGUCUCUGCGGAAGGAGGGCAUGAACAUCUUCCGUGUCCCGUUCCUCAUGGAGCGUCUGGUUCCGAGCAAGAUGACCGGAACUCCGGACUCGACCUACCUGAAGGACUUGAAGACGACCGUUGCUGCCAUCACCGACAGCGGUGCCUAUGCGGUUCUUGAUCCUCAUAACUAUGGAAGAUACUCCGGAAGUAUCAUUACCUCCACCUCGGACUUUAAAGCUUUCUGGCAGACCGUUGCCGGAGAGUUUGCCUCCAACGAGAAGGUCAUCUUUGAUACCAACAACGAGUUCCACGACAUGGAUCAGGACCUCGUGCUGAGCCUCAACCAAGCCGCCAUCAAUGGCAUCCGUGCCGCCGGUGCCAAAACCCAGUACAUCUUCGUCGAGGGCAACUCGUACAGCGGCGCCUGGAAGUGGGCCUCCACCAACGACAACCUCAAGGACCUGACCGAUCCCCAGGACAAGAUCGUCUACGAGAUGCACCAGUACCUGGACUCCGACGGAUCCGGUACCUCGGAGACCUGCUCCAGCUCUACCAUCGGCAAGGAGCGUCUGCAGACCGCCACCGAGUGGCUGCAAUCCAACAAGAAGAAGGGUUUCCUGGGUGAGUUCGCCGGCGGUGUUAACGCCGACUGCGAGUCCGCCGUCGAGGGCCUGCUCUCCUACAUGUCGGAGAACACGGACGUCUGGACCGGCGCCGAAUGGUGGUCCGCCGGUCCCUGGUGGGGAAGCUACAUGUACAGCCUGGAGCCCGAGACUGGCCCCGCGCAUGACACCUACCUGCCCAUCCUGAAGAAGUACUUCGUCAAUGGCAGUGCCUCCUCGUCGGCCUCUGCCUCUGCCUCCGCUACCGCCUCUGCUUCGUCCGACGCCAGUGCCACCACCAGCGUCAGCUCCGCGCCCUCGACCACCACCGCCGCUGCCCCCGUCAAGACCACCGCUCCCGUCUCGUUCUCGGCUCCGACUGCUCAGUACAAGGCCCCUGCCCCCACGGCCUCGACCGCUCAGUCCGCUCAGUCCUCCGAUGCUGCCGCCGUCCCCGUGAGCAGCGCCCCCUCCUCGUUCCAGACUCUCCCCGCCAGCACCUCUUCCGUUGUUCCCGGCAGCUGCGGCGCCGCUACCAGCAGCAGCGCUGCUCCUAGUGGCUCUGCCGGCGUGGUGGCUCACUACUACCAGUGCGGCGGUAUCAACUGGACCGGCAGCACGCAGUGUGAGAGCCCUUACACCUGCGUUAAGCAGAACCCCUACUACCACCAGUGUGUUUAG